AUGAAUGCAGGAGUGCUUGAAGUACUUCUUGUUAAUGCUAAAGGCAUAAAGCACACAAACCUUGUUGGAACACCUUCCUACUAUGUGGUUAUUGAGUGCGGAACUCAAUCCCAGAGAAGCAAAGUUUCAUCAGGCAAACAUGAGAAACCUUGGUGGAAUGAGAAAUUCAUUUUUGAUUUGUCAACGUUUGAUUGCAAGAACUCAACCCAUCUUAAUCUUAAGUGCAGAAUCAUGGACACAAGACUCUUCACAAAUGGUGGAUUUGUUGGUGAAGCAGAGAUUUACAUUGGUGGAAUAAUCAGCGAAGGGAAUGAGCGGGGAUAUAUAGAAAUAAAACCAUCUGCAUACAAUGUUGUCCUUGAAGAUGACACCUAUAAGGGACAGAUCAAGAUUGGAUUUAAAUUCUUCGCAAAAAAGGAAAAGUACGUGAUAGAGAAAGGAGAAUUCAUUGCUGAGGAGAAGAAGGAACCAAGUCAUUCAAUUUGUGGAUCCAUUUGGAGAAUACCAUGGUGGAAAAUAUUUUCCAAUUGGUUUAGAAUCGAGGGUGGUUGA